GUGUUGUAGGUCUCUAUGGCGACGGUGCCAUUAAACCUUUUAGGGCUGCAGAGGGACCAGAAGCAGAUUAUAUGCUCAGGUGUUGUUCCACAGUCUGCCAGACUCCGUGUGGGCCAGUUAGAUGGAGACGAUAUAGUCACCGAUCGACCCGGCUGGAUGUCUCCUUCCACCGCGUUCAAUUCAACAGGAGCGCUGCUACUCGGGAACCAGCUGGUGUGGUAGAUUAUGAGCGAGGUGGUUUGCACAAAGUCCCAGGAGGAAUAUGAGGACGACUUUGAGAAAGAUCUGGACUGGCUGAUCAGCGAGGAAGGCCGGAGUGAGAAGCAGGUUCCUGACUGUAAUGACAUUGAGGCAGAAAUUGACAAAGAACUGGAGGAGGAUGAGAAACGGCAGCAAACGAAACAGAAGGAGAAAAGCUACAAAGGGGAGAAGAAAGGCAAAAAAACAGAGGAAUUGGUAGAGGAUGAAGAAAGGUGGCCCUCGCCCAUGGAUCCGUUGGAGUACGACUCUGACAGAGACAGCACAAACAAGUCGUCACCUCCAAUCCCACCUCCUCCAGGGAUGGAUGACCAGACUGAGGAGGAGAAGAAGUACAUCCUGGAGAAGAUCCAGCAGGCUAAUCGCGAGCUGCAGGACCAGGAAGCUCCAGACAUUACGAGGCGCAGGCGGCUGCAUUUCAAAGAGAUGCUGGUGGACCUGGUGGUGCCUCCACUGCAGUUUGAGAAAGAUGGCAAUAGCCGUAAGGUGGAAGGGGGAAAAAAGAAUAAGGAUAGGGGGAAGGAUACAGAGGCAGAGACGGUGUCAGGGAAGUUGUCUGAGCUAAGACUUUCCCCCUGUGAGGAAAGAGUUGGAUCUGGCAGUGAUGGAGGGCAGGGGAUGAAGGAGGGCAGAGUCCUUGUAGAAAAAGAUGGAAAGUUUGACCUGGUCAGCUUAAAAGAGGUGGAGAGUCAAGGACUCCUCCCCCCAAUCACAAACAACUACAGCGACUACUCACGCUCCUCCCCACGUCUCCCGGACCAGACAGUGAGCUCCAGUAGGAUCCACAGUUCCUCUUCCUCUCCUCGUUCUCGUCCUGGCUCUUCCCCAUUUAAGCAUGAUGCUGAUCACCUCCGGGCCCCCAGACCUCCAUCCCAGCCCAGGAACAGGCCCAGCUCAGCCAACCACAGCCAGAGAGGCAGCCAGAGGAGAGGCAGCAAGCGGCGGGUGCAGUCGGCCUCCGGGACACCUUGGCAAGCCACAUACACCCUCUCCCCCCAGCAGAAAGAGCUGCUGUACAGGGUCCGGGAGAGGAAGGAGAAACUGGCCAAAGAGGCAGAGCAGAGGAAACAUGAGGAAGAGGAGCAGAGGAGGCAGGAGAACGAGCUCGCGUUCAAAGCCUGGCUGACGAGGAAAAGAGAGCAGCUUCAGGGGGAGAGAAGGAUCCUCCGAGCUCAGGAGAUGGAGAGGAUGAAUUCUAAGAAAGACUCUUCACACAAUGACUCGGAGGAGGCGUUCAGGCUUUGGCUCCAGAGGAAGCAGGAGCAGCAGCAGAAAGAGAGGCAGCUGGUGGAGCUGAAGAGGCUGGAGGAGGACGGUGGCUACCUCUUACACAACCGCGAAGAGUGUGAACGUGCCUUUAAACUGUGGGUUAAACGAAAGCGGGCGGAGAAGCGGGCGGAGCAGCAGGCAGCUCGAGAGCAGUCCCGCAGGCUGGUGCUGGAGGAGCGGCGAGCGCGACGCGUGCGGGACCUGCAGUGCACCACUGUCAAUGAAACCAAGCCAUUCCGAUUCACAGAGCAGUUGGUCUACCACUUCUGAAGCAAACACACCAAAC